CAUGAUGGCUUCGCCCUUGGAGUGCUUGUGUCGUCGAACCGGCCGGCUGGGAAACAGGAGACAUCGUGAGAUUCCAAGUGCAGCCUCGGAGUUUUUCGCAGAGCGUUCACCCUGGGACUCUGGGCUUUAAAAGAAACAAACUCGAUCCUCUGCUCUGGUUGAGAACAGCAAGCUCCUGCACUCCAUCUUUUCCUCUGCCUACAUCCGACCUCGAAAUCCUUCCGUCUUCCACAUCUUGUUUUAUUUCUCCUCCGUGCGUCUCCGUCAAAGCCCGUACCGUAGACUAUCAAAAUGGCCAACAAGGUUGAGCUGUGCACCGACUUCCCGGCCCCGGGCCUCCGCAACCCGUUCCGUUACAUCACCGGACACAACGGCAACGGCGAUGCCGUCUUCUUGCAGACGGACCAUGGCGACCACCGCGACAUCAUGGUGGGCGGUCUCGGAGCCCAAAACGUCUUUUACAGCAGCAGCGGCAACCCCAUCGAGCUGACGGGAGACGUCGAUCUCGAGUUCGCCAAGCAAAAGCCGUCCCUCCACAUCCCGCAGGGAUGCGUUGUUCGCAUGAUUGACUUCACCCCCGGCGCCGCGUCCGGCAUGCACCGCGCGCUGACGCUGGGCAUUGCCACCGUCUGCGAGGGCGAGAUCGAGCUCAGCCUGGGCAGCGGCGAGGCGCGCAUCCUCCGGCCCGGCGACGUCUCCAUCAACCGCGGCGCCAUGCACAAGUGGCGCAACGUGUCCAACGAGAAGCCCGCGCGCAUCCUGUUCGUCAUGCUCGACGUCAAGCCCAUCAUCGUCAACGGCAAGGCCCUCGAGUUCGACGUCGGCGACCUGAUGAAGGAGUACGCCGACUACGCCGAGGACGAGGGGCCCAACAAGAAGGAGUAGAGAGAGAGAGAAAGAGAGAGAGAGAGAGAGAGAGA